CAGUAAUAUUGACAUCUGUGACGUCACCUCCUUGCGUUGAUCGUCCAUGAUUGGCGACUUCCAACAUCAGAGUGCUUCAGAUUACCUCCUGACUCGCUCACCCAAACCCUCAAUAACUUGGAGACCUCGCGGAGCAGGACAACACUUGCCAGUAAGGUGAUGUGUGAGGCGGUGCCUCCCACCACGAUAUCCUGGGAAGGUCCUCGUGUCCUGUGAAGAAUCCCUCCCAACCAUGGCGCAUCCCGACCCUCGUCCCAGUCCUUCGAAGCCCGAGGAUCGUCGUCCCUCGCCCGCGUCAUCCCCCAAUCAAGUCCAAUUGGAGCCUUUCGUCCAUCAAGUGGGUGGGCACUUCCCCAUGGUGUGUCUGGAUGCCUCCAUUGUGUGCAAACCCCUCAAUGAGCGCGAACAUCGCUUCUAUCUCAGUGUGCCAUAUAUGCUCAGAGCUAUCAUUCCGGGGUUUGAGGGUACGAUGGAAAUCGAGGCCUCGGAGGAUGAGGAUGGGUAUAUAACUCUGCGGGGGAAUCCACCUCCGGAAUACAUACAGAAACAGCGACGAAGGAACCGAAUUAGUCAGAUCCGCCGAUCCGAUCGCAUUGGUGGCGAGGCCAAGGACUCGACUCCGGCCAAGGAUCCGCCUCAUUAUCGCUUGAAGCGGAAAGAGUCGUUGGAAAUCGAGCCAGCCCUCUCCCAUGACGACGAGAGCGAGUUGGAUGAAUCCGGACUUCGUCGCAAAAGCAGCUCCGAGUGUUCUAGCCAAGGACCCGAGUCCUCGGGGACCGUGUGUGGCACCCAAGAAGAGGCCUUUUGUAAUCCAUGGGCCCUGAAGUGUCAUCGAGAUCACUUGAAAAAACUGGGCAUCCUCAAGUCGAGUCAGUCUGAGGACCCCGAGGGUCCUGCCGGUCGAGAGCAUACCUCUUCGGAAGACAUUAGUACGGCCUCGAGCUCAUCCUCAGCCUUUGUGGCUUCGAAGGCCAGCAAGAAAACCAGUCGCUCCAAUCCUCAGCUCUAUCUGUUAUUGGAGAACCUCGUGAGUCGCUAUCGGCAUCCGUGCGUGUUGGACUUGAAAAUCGGCACCCGACAAUACGCGGACGAUGUGAGUGCGGCCAAAAAGCAGCGAAAGAUUGCCAAGGCCGAAAAUAGUACCUCGUCCACCCUUGGCUUGCGACUGUGCGGGAUGCAGGUGUACAAAGCCAAGAACGGUCGGUAUGUGUGCCAUAAUAAGUACUUUGGACGUACGCUCAACAACCAGGGAUUGAAAAGCACCAUCGAGGAGUUUCUCAUCAACGAGGAGACCGUACGGAUGGAUAUCGUGGAUCGACUUUUGGAUAAGCUAGAGCGGAUGCGAAAAAUCAUCACGUCCUUGGAGUCGUUCCGAUUCUACACGAGCUCACUUCUGAUCACAUACGAUGGAUACGGGUUGAACAAAAUUGACUUGAGAAUCAUCGACUUUGCUCAUUCGACCCAUAAAGACUUUGAGGACGCCGUGGUUCACAAGGGUCCGGAUGAUGGAUUCUUGUUCGGAUUGAACAAUUUCUUGGGUAUACUCGCUGAAAUCCGAAAGAAGGCCGUGAUUUAACUCGUGGGAAAAAAACCCUGGUUCCCAAAGUUUGGGAACCGCACACAUUGAUUACUUGGUUUGCCAUAAGUUAUCCGCUCACUUGAAAAUCAACUAGACCAAAAACGAAGGCAAACAGAAGAGACGUGAUUGUCAGAUAGUUUCCCCUGCUCUCUUUCCCUCACCAGUGCAAUGAUAUCGUGUCCCAUUGAUACGAGAACCUUUCCUGUAACCAAAUACAACCUAUAUGUGUUGCCACGCUCCUUCUAGACAAAAUGAUCCCACUUAAUGCACUAGUCAUGAUCUUUUUUUUUU